AUGUCAUGCUCGGAUGUCCUUGGUCUUACUACUUCGACAAACGGUGUUCGCGUAUGUCCUGCAUGCGACGCCCAACUUGCGAACCCAGACGAUGCUGUCGCUACACAGCUCAACCCGACCGAAGACUACAAGACAAGCGUUCUCAGCGGCCUCAGUCCGACAAUCAUCAUGGAGUGUUGUAGCCGUGGAAUAUCAUUCUACCAGUAUCAGGUGACUCAAGAGAUGUGA